UGGGAGGAAAGGGUAGGGGAAGAUCAGAGCCUCCCUCAGAGAGAGGAUGAGGACAGCAGGGCCAGAAAUGGAACUCCCCCAACUGUCAUCCACGGCUACAGUCACCUUCAACUAUGACUACUACUAUGAUGACCAGUGCCAGUACCAGCACCUGCAACAUAUGUCUACUUUCCUCCCUAUCCUUUAUAGUGCCGUCUUCCUGGUGGGCAUUGUUGGCAACUCAAUCUUGAUAGCAGCCUUGGUCUUCAAGCGACGGGUCCAGAGGCUGAUUGACAUCUUUAUCAUCAACCUCGCUGCAUCUGACUUCAUCUUCCUCAUCACACUGCCUUUCUGGGUGGACAUGGAGGUGUCGGACGAGAGCUGGAGGGUAGGAUCUUUCCUCUGCAAAGCUAGUUCCUAUGUCAUCUCAGUCAAUAUGUACUGCAGCAUCCUGCUCCUCACCUGUAUGAGUGUUGACCGCUACCUCGCUAUCCUGCACCCCUCUAUCGCACGACGGAUCAGGACAAGAUCCUAUUCCAGAGCACUCUGCAUCUGUGUCUGGUUACUAUCCUGCUGCUUAGGGAUGCCAACUCUUUUGUCCAGAGAACUGAAGAAGCAAUAUGGAAAGACUUACUGCACAGACAAAGCCGUGACAGAAGUCAAACAGAUCAUGUCACUGGUGCUUUUAAUCCUGGCCUUCUUCUUCCCACUGUUGAGUAUCUUAACCUUCUACUGCUCCAUCACCAAGAGACUCUGUGUGCACUAUCAGAAGGCUGGGAAACAUGAUAAGAAACUGAGAAAAUCCAUCAAGAUCGUCUUCAUUGUAGUGGCAGCUUUUGUUGUCUCCUGGGUCCCUUACAAUCUUUUCAAGCUUAUGGCCAUCCUUUUGCGACUCCUAAAGCAGCCUGACUGUUUCUCUGGCAGGGUUGCCCAGCUGGGCAUAAAGGUGAGCAGCCCUUUUGCUUUUGCCAAUAGCUGUGCCAACCCUUUCAUUUACUUUUGCUUUGACAACUACAUCCGCAGAGCCAUGCUCCAGUGCCUGUGCCCAUGGGUGAAAAUCAACAGCAACAGCUCUGAUACCCUGGACACCCACCUGAGCCAUUCCUUAUCCAAUUUUGUGGCAGGGGAGUAUGCCACCAGGAAGAGGAAGCGCUCUGUGUCCCUCUGACUGUGAGUUGGGACUGCGGAGGAAGGAACUUCUUCCCCCAAAAAUAGCAGGAAAAGAAAAAGAGAAAUAAGCAACAGAGAUAGGUGCAACUGUAAUGCAACCAGUGCUUCAGGUGGGAGGGAUGUUGCUUCCUUCUAAAUGCAGAUAGGAAUAGGACUAGGAAACUUUAACCACAGAAUUACUUCACAAUGAUUGAUGUGACAAUACAUGGUGUAAAUGUGAAACCAUCAUACCAAGAAACAGCUACAAAUGCUUAUGGUGGAACCCCAGUACAAGUGCUGCAAACUACAAAAAAGAACCAUGUGAUUCAGCCAAGGCCUCUCCGAGACAAGCUUUGAACUUAUGUGUAUAUAGGUUUUUAUUCUGUGCAAGAAAAGCAACCUGAGUGUUUCUUUUUGGUUCCUAGCUUUCCCACAAAUAAUUCGCAAUGUCCUCAAACCGACCUGAUCAAUUCUGGGUUUUUGGAGGUUUUUUGAACUUAGAAAUCCAUUAUUUUAAUGAAUUU